UUAACGCCCUCAUUUUCAAAACUUGACCCGCGCUAACCAUGGAAAGCAAGACCACCACCUACUUGGCAAACCUCUUGCAGUCUUGCAUUCACAAGAAAGCUCACCUUGCUGGCAAGCUCCUCCACGCUUUUAUCCUCCGCAACGGACUCGCCUCCGACACAUUCCUCGCCAACCGCCUCAUCGAGCUGUACUCGAAAUGCGGCAAAAUCGAUUCUGCUUACGGGGUAUUCGAUAAAAUCGCUCAGAAAGACGUAUAUUCUUGGAAUGCUCUGUUGGGUGCCCAGUGUAAAGUGGGCAACAUACAGGAUGCCUAUGCAUUGUUCGUUAAAAUACCUGACAGAAACACUGUGUCUUGGAACACUUUGAUUAGCGCAUUAGUUCGAAGUGGGCUUGAACACAAAGCGUUGGAUGCGUAUGAUUCGAUGAUUUUGGAAGGAUUCGUGCCUACCCAUUUCACGUUGGCAAGUGUAUUUAGUGCAUGCAGCGCGUUGUUGGAUUCAGAGCGUGGUAGGAGAUGUCAUGGUCUUGUCAUUAAGAUUGGGCUUGAGAACAAUAUGUUUGUGGGUAAUGCUUUGUUGUGUAUGUAUGCGAAGUGUGGCCUUAUUUGGGAUGCAAGUCAAGUUUUUGGGGACAUGCAAGAGCCUAACGAGGUCACAUUUACAGCGAUGAUGGGUGGGUUAGUGCAGACGGAUCGUGUCGUGGAGGCUUUGGAAAUGUUUAGACUGAUGUGCAGAAAAGGAAUUCGUAUCGAUUCUGUCUCGUUGUCGAGCACUUUAGGUGCUUGUGCCAGAGGGGUAUGUGGAGAAUUUGGUCAGGAUGAUCCGACCGACGUGCUUUCUUCUAACAUUCAUGGGCGACAAGUUCAUGGCCUCCUGAUUAAACAUGGAUUUGAGAGAGAUCUUCAUUCAAAUAAUUCAUUGCUUGAUAUGUACGCAAAGAAUGGAGACAUGGAUAGUGCUGAGAAGAUUUUUACUAAUUUGCCUGAAGUCAGUGUUGUCUCUUGGAAUGUUAUGAUAGCUGGGUAUGGCCAGAAAUUCCAAAGUGAGAAAGCUGUGGAGUAUCUGCAAAAAAUGCAAUGUUGCGGUUUUCAACCGGACGAGGUCACUUAUAUUAAUAUGCUUGCGGCGUGCAUCAAGUCUGGGGAUAUUGAAACUGGGCGUCUAAUGUUUAAUAGCAUGUCAUGCCCGAGUGUGAGUUCAUGGACUGCCAUACUCUCUGGCUAUGCCCAGAGUGGGAACCAUAAUGAGGCAAUAGAACUGUUUAGGGAAAUGCAAUUUCGAAGUGUGCAAUCUGAUCGGACUACCUUGGCCAUUAUCCUCAGCUCAUGUGCAGCAAUGGGGCUUCUGGAAUCUGGAAAGCAGGUCCAUGCUGCCUCACAAAGGUCUUCCUUUCAUACUGACGUAUAUGUUACCAGUGGAUUAAUUUCCAUGUAUUCCAAGUGUGGGAAGACAGAGAUGGCAAAGCACAUAUUUCUUAAUACACCUGAAUUGGAUAUUGUUUGCUGGAAUUCAAUGAUAGCUGGUUUUUCACUUAAUUCUCUAGACAUGGAAGCUUUCACUUUCUUCAAGCAGAUGAGACAAAAUGGAAUAUUUCCCACGCAAUUUUCUUAUGCAACUGUACUGAGUUGUUGUGCCAAACUAUCUUCUUCAUUUCAAGGGAGACAGGUUCACGCCCAGAUAACAAAAGGUGGAUAUGUUAGUGAUAUCUUUGUGGGGAGUGCUCUUAUUGAUAUGUAUUGUAAAUGUGGUGAUGUAGAUGGGGCCAGGCGGUUCUUUGAUAUGAUGUCCUGUAAAAAUACUGUUACUUGGAAUGAAAUGAUACAUGGGUAUGCACAAAAUGGAUCUGGAUAUGAGGCCGUUUGUCUCUACAAGGGCAUGGUCAGUUCAGGUGAGAAACCUGAUGGUAUAACGUUUACUGCUGUCUUAACUGCUUGUAGCCAUUCAGGAUUGGUAGAUUUGGGUAUAGAAAUAUUCAAUUCAAUGCAGCUAGAGCAUGGAGUGGAGCCAGUCUCGGACCAUUACACUUGCAUUAUCGAUUCUUUGGGCCGAGCCGGUCGGUUCCAUGAAGCAGAAGUGCUCAUAGAUAAGGUUCCGUAUAAGGAUGACCCAGUUUUGUGGGAGGUAUUGCUUAGUUCUUGUCGUGUUCAUGCCAAUGUGAGCUUAGCGAAAAGAGCAGCAGAGGAACUUCUACGACUGGACCCACAGAAUUCUGCUCCUUAUGUGCUUCUGGCAAACAUCUAUUCGUCUUUGGGAAGAUGGGAUGAUGUGAGGGCAGUUAGAGAGUUGAUGAGUGAUAAACAGAUCAUUAAGGAACCAGGUUAUAGUUGGAUCGAUUAUAAAAAUGAUAUGCAAACCCCUAUGGUGGAUGACGAUCUUAGAAUGGUUAGUGUUGAAGUUCAAGAAGUAAGUGAUGGAACCUCUUGUUAUAAUGGAUAACACAAAGUCAGGCCUAAUAUUUGUCAAAAAGGAUUUAUCCGCAUUUAAAGUGAUAAACAUAGCUGACUACAUGAUUCGUUACAUUUAUAUGUUGACUGAUAUUUGGUUCACUGUGGAAUUAUGAAGUUAAAGCUUUGGCAGUAAUUGAACAAUUUCAGGAACCCCAAGGAUCCUCCCUCCUCAAACUAAGAAAAUAAAAGUCUGUCCUAGCAAAAGCAAAAAGAUAUAAAUGAACAUUGAAAGAAGAUAGGUAUGAAGCUAAGGAUAGUUACUUGGAGAUUCAAUCACCUGAAAUUUGAUGUGGGUUAUUUUUUCUAAUAAGAUUCAUUGUAGUGCCCCAUCCUUGAGGAAUCUCACCAACAGUUGGAGUAUUAUGACAUGGAGGUCAUGGUUUUCUUCACUGCUUCCACCGCUGCAGACAAAUCAAAGGCAAGGAGUUAUAACUUUAUGUGAAAAAUGCUAAGGAUUUGGACCAUAUUUGUAUCUCCCCUCCCAAGAUAACCUCCCAUGGCAGGACCAACACUUGGUGAUUGCUUUUGAAAAGUAGGGCAGGAAUAUCCUUCUGGUUCUCACCAAGGUUUUUAAUGAAGCAAUCACCUUUUGCUGCCAACAAUUUAAAUGGGUUCUGGACAUUCCUCAUAGACAAAAACAGAAUCUUAGACAAGACUUGAUGCUAUAGGUUUCAGCAGGUGAAGCAAGCUACUAUCUCCACUUUUGUGGGACUAGUAUGCAAGAUCCAAUCGCCCAGCUACUACUUGGUAAUGCCUCCCUCAGGGGUCAUCUUUAUGCUAGUUCCUACAGCAUAACUCAAUAACUGAAUCUCUGCACAUUAUCACCAUCAGCCAGCAACUUGGAGCUUGAAGGAGCCAAGCUUACCCUUUUAGGGUUCAAACUUGUUCCUGAUUGCAACUUUUUACAAAGAUUGAAUUAGUGCAUGGUGCUUUUGAAUCAUACUUUGUUAAAAUGCUUGUAAGUGUGAAGAAACUCUUCCUAAAUCCAAUCAAUUCUUUGCUGUCAAGUACGAUACUACUUACCUAUGGUGAUGGUAACAGUGUCAUCCAAUUUUGUGCUCGAAAGUGUCCUGCCACAAAUCCCAUUUCCACAUUUGUAAUGCUAUAGAUGGGCAAAUUGUUAAAUUUCUUGCUUUUGUGAUUGUAUAAUUUCCGAAACAGGCCAAAGUACUUUAUUCU